UCCUUCCAAGUGCCCGAGGGUCAUCUGAGUGCUUCGGUUGUUCAAGACCUUGAAGCUCCCACCGGACAGCGACGGUGACAGGUCCGAGAUGUCAGGGGUCGCGAGGGCCAUCAAGAAGCAGAGGGAUAAAGCGGAGGGAAUCGGUUCCCAUGAAAACGCUGUGAAAUUCCUCAACCAGGAUUACGAGGCUCUGAGGCAGAACUGCCUGGACAGUGGGGAGCUGUAUGAGGACCAGACGUUCGGGGCCUGCCCUUCAUCCCUGGGAUUCAAUGAACUGGGACCAAAUUCCCCCAAAACCAGAGGGGUCGAAUGGAAGCGUCCGGGGGAGCUGUGCUCGAACCCUCAGUUUAUUGUUGGAGGAGCUUCACGUACUGACAUCUGCCAGGGAGCUCUGGGUGACUGCUGGCUCCUGGCUGCCAUCGCUUCCCUUACCCUGAAUAAUGAGGUGUUUAGCCGGGUUGUCCCGAGUAGCCAAAACUUUGACUCUGACUAUGCUGGAAUCUUCCACUUCCAGUUCUGGCAGUACGGGGAGUGGGUGGAUGUGGUGAUCGACGAUCAGCUGCCGACCAUGAACGACAGUCUGAUGUUUGUGCACUCGGCCUCAGGUAACGAGUUCUGGAGCGCUCUGCUGGAGAAGGCCUACUCCAAACUGAAUGGAUCCUAUGAAUCUCUCUCGGGAGGAACAACGACUGAAGGGUUUGAGGAUUUCACGGGGGGGAUCGCAGAGUGCUACGACCUGGACAGUGCUCCGCCCAAUAUCUUUAAAAUCAUCCAAAAGGCGAUAAGUCGUGGCUCUUUGCUGGGAUGCUCCAUAAACAUCACAAGCUCAGAGGAUUCUGAGGCAAUUACAUCACAGAAGUUGGUCAAAGGUCAUGCUUACUCCAUUACUGGAGCAGAAUCGGUGACAUACAACGAUGAGCAAGAAAAACUGAUCCGGAUCCGGAAUCCUUGGGGCCAAGUGGAGUGGACUGGACCUUGGAGCGAUGGAUCGGAUGAGUGGUGUUGCGUCCCUGAUGAAGAAAAAGAAGCGCUAUGUUCCCGAGUGGAGGACGGCGAGUUCUGGAUGUCAUUUUCAGAUUUUAUGUUUCAUUACUCCCGAGUGGAAAUCUGUAACUUGACGCCAGAUGUUCUGAGUGGAGACGAGAUCAUCAAAUGGAACUUGAAACUCUUUGAGGGCACCUGGAGAAAUGGAUCUACCGCUGGAGGAUGUCGAAACUAUCCAGCCACCUUUUGGGUAAACCCUCAGUUUAAGAUCGAGCUGAGGGAUACGGACGAUGAUCCUGAUGACGAGGAUAAUCCGUGCAGCUUCCUGAUCGGUUUGAUCCAGAAGAAUCGCAGGCCCAAGAGGAAGAUGGGGCAAGACAUGCUGACCAUUGGCUUCGCUAUCUAUAAGGUCCCCGAUGAGUGUGCAGACCAAACGAAUAUUCACCUGAAGAGGGAUUUCUUCAUGAGGCACGCGUCCAAAGCUCGAUCGAACACCUUCACCAACCUGCGAGAGGUCUCGAACCGACUGUCUCUCGAACCCGGAGAUUACCUGAUUGUCCCGUCCACCUUCGAACCCAACCAAAAUGGAAACUUUGCCAUCCGAUUGUUUACAGAGAAGCAAGCUGGCGUGCAAGAGAUGGAUGAUGAGGUUGAUGCUCAACUGGAUGAUGAGCCACAGAUUGAAGAAGAUGACAUCAGUAGCAGUUUUGAGAAUAUGUUUGACCAGUUAGCUGGACAGGACAGCGAAAUUUCUGCCUUUGAACUGCAAAGAAUACUGAACAAAAUUCUAAGCCAACGAUCAGACCUUAGAAGCGAUGGAUUCUCCUUAGAAACCUGUCGAAAUGUCGUCAGUCUCCUGGAUAAAGACGGAUCUGGCAAAAUUGGAUUGGUGGAAUUCCGGAUAUUUUGGUCCAAAAUACAGAAAUAUGUGCACGUCUUCAAGCAGAUGGAUGCUGACGAGUCUGGUACCAUGAGUGCAUAUGAGUUACGACUGUCUCUCCAGGAAAUAGGUUUCAAUCUGAACAAUCAUUUGGUUCAGAUCCUCAUUGCCCGAUACGCAGACAAUAAUUUGGAGAUCGACUUCGAUAACUUUGUUGGAUGUUUGGUCCGCUUGGAAACCAUGUUCAGAAUAUUCAAAUUAUUAGACGAAGGAGGGGAAGGAACCGUGCAGCUUGAUAUUGUUCAGUGGCUGACUCUGGUCUUCAAUUGAAGAAUCGCUAUGAGACUCUGAGAAGAUUUUUUUCACCAAAGUAACAAAUAACCAGGAGAUGCUAAGGGAUUGUUGAUUUUGUGUUUUUAUGUGCUUAUUGCGAGUGCUGAAAUGAGGGUGUUAGGGACCUUUUGAAUGUUAGAAUGAGGGACAAGGUUUUACAUAUUAGUUAUACUGUGUUACAGUUCUAUCCUUUACUGAAUUGCAAAUACAAUUGCAAGUAAAGUCCCAGUUUACCAGACUCCGAGGAUUUGGAAUUUGAACCGAGCUCCACUUAGCCAGAAAACAAAAAACAGUUGUCAAAAGUUUCCGUGGGACCACAUGGAGCCCUGUAGGCUAUUGGUUAGAGCGCUCGCCUCGCAAGCGAGAGGACCUGGGUUUGAUUCCCGGGCAGGGCCAAAAGUUAGGCAAGUUUCCUUACUCCGCACACACGCCUCUGUUGUUAGUCGAUUGAUGUAUCCCUUU